CCCAAUGGAGGAAAAAACAUCGAUCAUUCGAUUUGGAGAAACGUAGGUGCUUUUCACGAGGAAUUAUUAUCUCUAUCUGUCGUGACUCGUGACAGAUUCCGCUGGCUUCGGUUUGAGCUGCAGUCUUCCUGCACCAAAGCAGACUUGAUGAGUCGAGGAAUGACACGGUUGAAGGUUUCACGCCCUCAAGCAGAGCGAGCAGUACGAGACCUGAAGCGCUUGAAGAUUUCAAGCGCCAAUGCAGUCAUUAGAAGUCGAAACAAAGACGAUGAAGACCAAUUUAUCAAGUUAAGCAAGGAAACAUUAUCGUUGGAUCCCAUCGUUCAAGCUGUUUGCCUGAAGAUUUAUCGGCGAGUGAAUAGUUUCAUCUAUUCAUCAACAAACCUUCCCCUCUUCUUUGCCUCUUGUGCUGAGAUUGGGAAUCACAAACCUUCGGAGAAUCCUUGCCUGGUAGAUGAAACAACUAGACUCUGGUUUGCAUUUGCGUUAUACUCGGCUGUGAGGCUUGAUAAAUCUGUUGGCAUGCUUAGUAAGAUGCACACUUCUGCUAGGAAGGAAGGGCUUACUUUGAACCAAAUACUAAGAUCUGCUGACCUGCGAGUUGAAGUUUUCCUUAAAGAGCUACCAAUCAUGGUCCUCAAAGCUGGGCGUGCCAUGAGUGAUCUGUAUCGUGCUGGCUGGGAGAAAAAGCUCAAGGCAAAGGAAUUGUAUACAAACUAUUUGCACCUAAACAUUUUAAGCCGGCACUACAAAGAAGCUUAUUGGGAGCUCUUCUCAGCUGUGGAUCCAACUAGCAAUAACCAGCCGGCAGCUUCUCACGGUAGCCAAGGUGCUUCAGACUAUAAUCGUUUUGGGUGGUUCCUAUUUCUGGCACUCCGUACUCAUGCAUUUGGUCAUUCCAUGGACCUGGUGACCUGCAUAAAUGGUUUGAUCUCUAUACUGGUCAUUCUGAUUAUGCAUGUGCCAGCUAACUUCCGAACUUUCAGUUUCAAAAAAGACGAGUGGUUUGUUGUGAAAGAUGACAAACGUGUUGAUUUGAUUGCAUCUCUUUCCAAACGGUAUGAUACUUCCGAAGAGGACCUGCUAAAUUCAAUGGAGAAGACCGUUACUAUAGUAAGAGAAGUCCUGCUGAAAAGACCUCGGCGUGCUUCUGAUUGUGAUAGUGAGACCCUAGUUGAUAUGAAAACUGAUGGUCUAAUAUAUUUUGAAGAUUUAUUGGAAGAAUCAUCUCUGUGGAAGAGUCUGAUUAGGCUGGAGAUCGAUUAUGAUCGUGAAAUGUGUAAAGAGGGCCAAUUGGAUGAGAGAGCUUUUCUUGACGAGGUAGACAACUGUUUUGCUCAAAUCCAACUGAUGCCUGCUACAUGUGUGAAAACGGUAAUUACAACUGCGAACUGGCUCCGGAAUGUGGUAUCUACACUGUCAAGUGAGCCUUCUGCAGAAUUGAUGCAGUCUUGCGAUGGAUUUCCCGUCGUAAAAAAUGCUCUUUCAGUGUUAGAAGCUUUAUUGCCAUGUAAUGCUGUGGUAGAGGAGGGUGUUCUUAGAAGUUUCCGGAGUACAAACACAGUCGACUACAUAUGGCUAGCACAACGAAGACAGGAGGUGCUCAAGAUAUAUUAUAAGGUUUUGGAAGCAAUGUGUACUGUGUAUGGAGCCAAUUUGACCUCAUUAUUAACCAAGACGAGGUUCCACAAAUGCAUGCUUGCUUGUUCAGCUGAACUGGUAUUAGCAGCACGUAAGACUGCGAAAAUGUUGUUGUUUCCUGCAAUUCUGGAGCAAAGUGAUAUUACAGCCUUUGAACUUGUCGAGGCGGUACAGUGUUUUCUUAGGCACGAGAAUUCUAUGCCUUGGGAGCUGAGGAUGCAUUUGGAAUCACUGAGAGAACGACUUUUCGAGAGUACCGUUUGGGAAGAAGGUUCGUUGAUGUACGAUUCUCUCCAAGUUGCAAGUGCUAUGCAUGUUUCAGAGAUUGAGCGUCUCCGUGCCAUAGGGAGACCGUCAUAUAUAAACUUUUCCUUGGAUGCAAUUGUGGCACGUAUGCGUUUGUCUUCUGUCUUGAAGCACAAAACUUGUCAUGGUCCAUGCAUUAACUUGAGGAGCGAGGUAGCGGAACAAGAAUUUCAUACAUCAAGAUCAGUGGAUCAUGUUCAAUCAGUGAUGCUACCUGCUAGUUUGCAUUGCGCAUUUGCUCGGCCAAGAGAUCCCUGUCCUUUAGAAGAGCAUCGUAGGUGUGCACAUGUAGCUAUCUCUUCAUUCUUGGAAAAGAUUGAAAAGUUAGCUUAUGGUAGAAUCCAUGGCAUGGCUAAAGCGUUGGGGAAGGUGCACAGGAAUUUUCAGGUAGAUAUCUGUUGGAGGAUAUUUCGCAAUGUACUUAUUGUACGCACAGCGUUGUUUUGCAAUCUGCACGUGGACACGAUAAUCAUUUGCUGUUUCUUUGCUACUGCUCAGGUUACAAGAGUAGAUCUGCCUAUGUUGGAUCUACUUUUCUGCUACAUGAAGCAACCACAUAGCAAGCAAGAAGCGUUCCGUUGUGUGUUCAUUGAUUCCUCACUGACCAAGCUCGAAAGGCUAAUGUUCCCUCAUCUGGUGCUGGGAUGCUCUGGCACUGAACACAGAAGAAAGCCCCAGCCCCAGCCCCAGCCAAAGCCGGAGCAUGUUUGUAUCUUCACAUUCUACUCAAAGUUCUUCAGAUAUUACACUAGACGACUGACCUUACAAGCAAAAGCGCAUUACUGGAGGAAAUUUGAAGGAUGCCCAGAGCUUCGUAACACCCCUCCACAUGAGUGGCUGGAAAUUGAAGUCAAAGAUGAGCAACCUAAUCUAGAAUUCGUUUUUGAGCAAAUGCGAGCGGAAGGAUUCAUGAAAUUUUACAUCCAUGAGGUGAGGGAGCAGAUGGAGAAUGCGGGGAUGGAUUGGCAUGAACUGCCUUACCUUUGCACUGGAUCCUCCAUGUGUGAACAGCUGGUGAAUGGUGUUAAGGACAUGCAGCUAUAGCUAGAUUCUUGCAUGGUUUUAUCGGCUGCAACAAUAUUGGGGCUUUUGUUUUGUGUGUUUUCCUUAAGGUAUACUAGCUUUGAUUCCGGUCGUUACUCUGAUUAAGUAAUCUCGUGCAUACACGACAUUUUACGACAUUUAUAUUAAUUAAUUUAUUGUAAUAUCAACUAUGUUUUAUACUUGCUCAAAAGAAUAUUUGUAACCAAUUAUAUAAAGAGGUUUUGACAGGGUAGACUGGUGGUUCUUGGAAGGAGUAAUUGAGCGGUUGGGUUUUGCAGCAAGGUGGAUUAGACUGAUUAUGUUGUGUGUCAAGUCAAUGUCAUAUGUGGUUCUGGUGAACGGUCAUAGGUAAUAGACGUUUGGGCCGAGUAGGGAAUUGAGGCAGGGUGACCCCCCUGUCGCCAUACCUUUUUCUACUAGUAGCGGAUGGCUUGUCAUGCUGUAGAUCCCUCGUUGAUAGUAAAAAAAAAGCUGCAUGGGAUUUCGGCAGCUAGGGGGCUCUGGGCACCUCACACCUCUUUUUUGCUGACGACUUUAUCUUCUUUGCUAGGGGGCUCUGGAAUGUGAAUGUGGAAUAGUGGCAGAAGGUUUCAACUUAAAAGUUUGAAAGGGAAUGAGGAUAUCACCGGCACAACGCUAACAAUUGGAGGAUGCAACAGAAGUUAGAGAGAUCUGCGAGGUAGGAGUUGGGAAUUUUUCCCCUCUCAACACUCAACACUCAAGAUUUAACAAAUAAAAUUUAAAAAUUGAAAAGAACAAAAAUGAUUUUGAAUAGAUUAAUUAUAAAACAAUAACUAAAGUAGAAAGCAACUUGAAAUUUAACUUUUAACAAAAUCUUUGGAAUAAAGUUGUGAUAAUUUUAAUCAAAUGGUGGGCAACUUAAUGAACUUAAUGGGGGUUAACUUUUGUGUUUUCACAUUAUAUUAAGAUUUCCAAUUUAAAAGAAAUUGGAUUUCUAUCAAACUCGUCUCGAGAUUUUUUGUCAUCCAGUUGGGGCAGCAAAAUAGCUUUUCUGCAACCCAGCUACAAUCGCAACUGAUCCACCUUUUGUGCACUGCUAAUACAUAUUUCUUUUGCGCGCUUUAAUAAUAGUCUUGGAUUUCGUCACCAGCGAGUUUGACGAUUACAACGGAUAAAUCAAUUUAGCAAAACAAUAGAGAGAGAAAUAAGUGUUUAUAAUGCAAGUCUUGCUGGUUGUUAGCGUUAGUAAUCUUUGUAUAUAAUGUUAGUAUAUUUUUUAGAAUUUUAUUAUAUGAUUAGUAUAUUUUAUAAUAUUAAUUUGUAUAUUUUAUGUUAUUCUUUGUGUACUUGAUAUUUCUUGGAUUGUUUUCUUAAUGGAAAAUGAAUAGUCAGCAACACGCCUAAAUAGUCAACAUAUGGCAACAACCCUAAUGCAAAAUGAAAAUCAAUUGUCCGAAAUAUGCAUAUCUUCCAUACAAAACAAUAUAGUCCCGUUCAAAUCCUUGCCAAAUGAAAUCUAAAAUAGCAGUUAUAAACUCUCAACAAUACUUUCCAACAUUUAGUAACCUACAAUCAUUCUCCCUCUUGAUGCACAACCCCACAUUACAGGACACUAACACAAAUCUUGAAGAACAACACCAGUUGUUUGUUGAGCUUCUUGUAUAUAAUGUAGGUCAUAUGAGCUUAUAUUGUUAGUUUUGGUGUUUUUAUGGCCAGUAUUCUUUGUAUAUAAUGCCAGACUUAUUUGUAAAUUUUUAUGAUGUACAGUUUUAUAUGUUUUGUACAGUUAGUCAGUUUUAUAUGUUUUCCUAAUUUUAUGGAUUAUUAGUGACAAAUAAAAAAAACCAAACAAACAAUAGGAAAAUGCUUUGGUAAUAGAAAAAUGCAUAGAUUUUAUUUUUACUGUUAGAGAAGUGUAUAGAUUAAAUUUUGUAUGACGAAUAGAAAUUUAUUUAGUGAUGAGAACAUGAAAUAUUCAUUUUUUCAUUAAAAUAAGAAUGAAAUUUGCAUGAUUUA